CUGCAGCUCUGUAAAAGAUUACUUCCGAGUCAAAGGUUUUUUGAGUUGAACAAGAUGGCGGCCCCCUUAGAGUUGUUUUGCUGGAAAGGGAGUUGGGGUUUACCUUCUGUUGAUACUGGCAGUCUAAUAGUUUUGGCUUAUGCUCGAUUUGCUGGAACCCCACUGAAAGUUCACAAGAUCUCCAACCCGUGGAGGAGUCCCACAGGUUCACUCCCUGCUCUGAAGACCAAAGAGGAUGGGAGUUUCUCUCAACCCAGCAAAAUUAUCAUCCAGCUCAGGAAACAGAAAUACAACGCAGAUUACGACUUGUCCGCAAAAGAAGGUGCCGACACACUCGCUUUUAUCUCUCUGGUGGAAGAAAAGCUGAUGCCUGCUCUGAUUUAUGCUCUAUGGAUCGAUCCUAAGAACUAUGCUGAGGUGACACGUCGCUGGCAUGCAGAGAACAUUUCCUUUCCACUGAACUUUGUCCUGCCGAGCUGCAUGCAGUCUAGGCAGCUGGAGAGAGUGCGACUCAUGCGGGGAAACGGCACUCUGGAGGCCGGCGAGGAGGCUGAGAAAGAGCUGUACAGUGAUGCUCUGGAGUGCAUGAAUCUUCUCUCUCAACGCCUUGGCUCAAACAGAUUUUUCUUUGGGGACUCACCCUCCUCCCUUGAUGCCUAUGUGUUUGGCCACUUGGCACCGAUACUGAAGAUCAGGCUGCCCAGCAACAAACUGCAGCAGCACCUAAAGGAUAUGGACAACUUGACCAACUUCUGCUCUAACAUCCUAUCCUUGUACUUCCCUGAUGAGAUUCGAGAAGGAAUGGGUCAGUCGGCAUCCAAUGUUCAGGAGGGAAGUGAGUUUGACCAUGAACCUUAUAAGAGACGCAAGCAGCUGCUGUCCGUCUUGGUAGCUGUAGCAGCCAUGCUGGGCUAUGCUUUCCUCACGGGAAUUGUUGCUAUUGAGCAUGUGAAGGAGAAGGGGUCAACAGGAAACACCGCCUCAACUGACCUUCAGAUUGAAGAGGAUGAGUGAUGGAUGAGGACUGGGAAACAAAUGGGGACAUUUAAUUUACCUGGUGGACAGAAUUCUUCACUGGAGAUUUACACAAUGAGGUUGGUUAAGAUUACAAUGUGUCUUUUUCUAAUUAGAGAAUUUUGAAUAGGAUUUGGGCUUUGCUUUGUUUUUCCCUGCAUAUGUGACAUUUGUUUGACUGUUUUUCAGUUCUUUAUUAUGUGGUGCUAUAAAGAUAUCUAGUUUCUACAUAGUGACAUGAGCUUUUCAUUGUCCAACAUCUGAAAUGUACUAUGAAAGGACAUAUACUAUGUCUGACUUGAAAGUGAAAAUUGGAUAUGGCCUGUACUUCGAGUCUAAUUUCUGUGGGUUAUAGACUAGCUGGUAAAUGCUCUGUAUUUUAAUUGACAUAUUGCUAGUAAACAUUUUGGUCAAAUUCCAUUGGUGGAACUAAUAACAUCUCAUCUUGAUUAAUAGUCUCUGUUCAUUGCACAUUCCUCUUUUACCUUGUUGCCUUGUCCACUGAGACACACAUUCCUGCUGAUCUUUGCAAUGUUCAAACCAGUAAUGAUGUCCAGGGGACAUUAAUGCUUAGGUCAGUGAUUUAUUUAUUUAUUUUUUUAUUAUUGUUGAUAUUUUUAAGUUUUAUCCAAAGGUUUAAAAGCACAUUGUAAGUUAACAUUUGAAACAAGAGCUUUAAUAAAGUGUUAUUUACCUGGUUGCAACAAAACAUUAGAAGUUUAUUGCAUUUUCUUUUGUAUUUAAAAAAUUGCAUCAAAAUG